AUGACUAAGCACCCGUUUAAGUAUAUCAAAAAUCUAUACCCUCGUUUUAGAGGUCAAUUUAAAUUCGAUAUAUCAUCGAUCACCAAACAACCAAUGUCAACUUCUAUUCCUUACGAUCCUGAAAAGGCUGCCUUGUUGGUUAUCGAUAUGCAAGAAUUUUUUUGUAAUGACUCAGUUAAUAAAAUUAUUCCAAAUGUAAAAUCUGUCGUCACAACUUGUCACGAGAAAGGUAUUCCCGUUAUAUGGACACAGCAUGGUCAUUUAAAUUCUGAACUCGAUGGAGGCGCCCUGGCACGAUGGUGGAAAAAUAAAGAUAAAAUGAUUAUGCGCGGAUCUGAAAAGUGGAAAUUUUUGAAAGAAUUGGAUUCAAUUGUUACGGUAAGUUUUAAUCGUUGA